CAACAAAUAAACGUUGCUGUGUUAUUCACAAACUAUCAUAAGAGGAAUAUUAAGUGUUUAUAAGUCAGAAACUACAGGAAGAUAACGGGACAUGGCGUGCAGUUCAACAGCAGAAGACCGGGACUCGUAAUGGCAUUCCUGCAGGCCGUGAGAUUAGUUCGGGCACAGAUGGUGGACUGGAUUUAUCCCUGACUGAUGAAGAACUAAACUCUAAUAUGAACCCAACUGAAAUGACACAGUCCGUAAGGUGCCAUGUGUUGAGAUGUGCUCUGGACUGUCAUGGAAACGAGAGUGACACCCGUCUGAGAUCUAUGAUGGUCUAGCUCCGCCCACUCAGUGCCAGUAUGUUGGCCUCAGCGGUCUCCAGUAGCAACCGAGGGCGAACUCUGACCCUGAAGGGCGUCGACCCGGAAACAUGUAUGAUUGUCUUCAAAAACCACUGGACUCAGGUUUUGCGGAUCUUGGAGAAGCAUGAUCCUGGUCGUAGCGGAGGCCCUGCUCUGUCGGGGGUUGGCGGUGGUCUGCGGUUUGGUCCAAUCCCUGGCGACGAGGCGAGCGCCGUGCAGAACUACGUCGAGCACAUGCUCUUCCUUUUGAUGGAAGAAGAGAGCGGUCAGGGCGGAGCUAUGGGGCCCAUCCUGGAGUUUGUGGUGGUGGAGAACGUGAUGGAGAAGCUGUUUCUGUGGAGUCUACGCCGUGAGUUCACGGAUGACAUGAAGCUGGAGCAGCUUCGCAUGUAUGAAAUGCUAGUAGCACAAGCCAAGCAACCACUGCUACACCACAAACCCAUCCUGAAACCCCUCAUGAUGCUGCUCUCCGCCUGCUCCAGCUCCUCCGCGGUGGGGCCCUCCUGCACCAUGGGGGGGCCUAGUGCUCCAAGCAAAGGCAGCAGUGUCAUAAGGCCCACCUGCGCCAUGGGGCCUGUCCAUGCAGGUAGCAGCAGCUCUGCGGUGGAGGCAGAGCUUGUGUCUCUGCUACAUGAGCUGUGUCGUGUACUGGUUAAAGAAGCCUCUGUGCUGGAGCUGUUCUUUCACAGCAGUCAGGAUCAGGGAGCCGCAAACUUCCUGCUGUUUUCUCUUCUCAUUCCAUUCAUCCACCGCGAUGGGGCAGUCGGCACACAGGCUAGAGAUGCCCUCACGCUCAUCAUGAGCCUCUCGUCGCAGAACAGCCUGGUAGCCAAACACAUCGCAGAGAACACUUACUUCUGCCCGGUGUUGGCUACUGGUCUGAGUGGUCUGUAUUCUGGUCUUCCGGCUAAACUGGUGGUUUACAGCGAGGGCUGGUUCUGUCUGGAGAAAAACGAUCGGCUGCAGGUUCCUGCACUGCAUCAAUUCCUCAAUUCACUGCACUUCUGCAGCACUGUGUGCAAGGUGGCUCACCCGUCUAUAAGAGAUCAGCUUCUUGGCUAUAUCUACAAUGGGUUUCUAGUGCCCGUCUUGGCUCCUGCUCUGCAUAAGUUGACUUUAGAGGAAGUGAUGACAACAACAGCAUAUCUGGAGCUCUUCCUGCGGAGCAUCUCUGACCCUGCCCUCCUCGAGACCUUCCUCAUUUUCAUCCUCAGACAUCGCCAUGACAAUGUCAACAUCCUGGACACGCUGGUCAGCAGAAUAAACACUCCGUUUCAGCUGGGCACAGUUUCUCUGGCUCUUUUCCGCACACUGAUUGGUCUCUAUUGUGAAGAUGUCAUGCUGCAGUUAAUUCUCAGGUAUCUAAUUCCUUGCUCUCAUCUGGUGUAUGGUGAGAGAAACAGACUGAGAAAGAGAGACUGUUACUCCAUCACUGCGUCUGCACUGCUCUCUCUCACUCCAUCAUUCUUCAUCAGUAAAUCCAGCUCCUCACCAACACAUCCUCCCAAACCCGACUACAUCCUCUGGUCAAAGGUCACAGAGGGCCUGCUGAGGGGGAACAUGGGAAUGGAAGAUCUGUUCUCAGGUGGAGAUAGUGUUGGAUGCUCCCGUAUAACUGCUUCAGAGCCCUUGAUGCACAAGAACUACCUGCAGUACCUUUAUGAUGCUCGCCGGGCCAUCUGUACCAGCGUGCAGGCAUGCUGCGUUUGGUCGGCCCCGUACGAUGGGCUCAACCCCUCCCCAGAGGAGUACCAGGAGGAGGACGAGGAGAAAGAUGAUGAUGAGUGUCUUGCCCUAUCCACUCCCCCUACCCAGACACCUACACCCCACCCGCCCUCCGAAACCAGCUCCACUGGUGAUCGUGAACGAGUUGGAACUUUAUUUGAACUGGAAUGGGAUGACACUUAUGACGCCACACCGGACGGAGACAACGGCCAAGUGAUUUCUGAAAAUUCCCAAGUACCAGAUCGGAUGAUCCCGGACGAGCCCCCAAAACACAUCCAAGAGAUGCGUAAAAGUGCCAUCAUGCUCAUUAAAGGAUCGUACAUUGAGGAAUCGGACUUCCAGGAUGAUGUGUUGGUUUAUAAUCUAAUUGCGCAAAAGGAUGCUCGAGACGACCACCGAAAGUCCAUCAAGAACACACUAAAUCACAGCCACACAAAUGGCCUGCACAAACAAACUAACAAUAACCACAUACAUAACAGUACAGAACAUCAAACGAACAAUUAUCAUUCACACAAUAACUCACAAAACCACAUGCAUAAUAAUCAUAAUCAAGCCAAUAACAUACAUGAUGCACAUAAAUCUAAACUCUUGGAGUCAAUCCAUGAGGGAGUUCAUCCCAGAUCGGAAAAGUCCACACUAAUAAUCAACGGACACAGUUCUGAAGAACAGAAGCCGGACACAGAGGCUUAUGCUGCUCAUCUGGACCACAAUCGUAAUGUGACUGUUGAGGAACAUCAGAAUGAAGUGACCUCAGCACCAGCUAAAUGUGACGACUUUAUCUCCCAGUGCCUGGAGCUCAUUCACUCUCUAGGAGGAGAGGAGGAGAACUUCAUGGAAGAUGAAGACCAAAUCCAGCGGCUGCAGGCUCUCCUGCAUGGGGAGGAAAAGGAGGUGGACUUCAGCUCCUUCUGUGAUGAUGAUGAUGAAGAUGAUGGUGACGAGGAACUGAGCAAAACCAUCAGCAGGAAACAUGGGUUCCCAUUUACAGGGCCAUUCAUCAGUGUUCUGCUGUCUCGUCUGGAGAACAUGUUGGAGAACUCCAUCGAGGUGAACCUCCUGGUUACAGGGAUUCUAGCUCAGCUGGCAACUUACCCACAACCACUGCUACAAGGCUUCCUCUUGAACACAAAACCUGUGUUUCAGCCCAGCAUACGAUCACUUUACCAGGUGCUGGUAUCAGUUGGUUGUCAGAUAGAACAGUACGCAGCAUCCAGACCCGAUUUUCCUGAGUUGGUCCGUGAAGCCGCCCAGUACUUGCUCCUCAAAGACCAGAUUUUAAAGGAACAAGAGCAAGAUGACCACCUGCAGGACAAAGGGUCAGGCUGGUUUCUGAACGGGCACAUCCCUUGUCGUCUCCGUAAGCCUCUUCCUCCAUGUCCCAAAAUCCUGCCACACCAGCAGAACAAAGUGUUUGCUAUUAUUCUGUUUGCCGAAUUCCUGAAGGAGCUGGCGGCCAUCGCACAAGAGCACUCCAUACUACCUGAUCUAACGACAGAUGAGUAAACAAACUGUACAUUUCUGAAACACUCAGGAGGAGACGGCAACCUUGAUUUACAGCAACAUUCAAAUGCAAAUGCCCCUCAUAUGCAGUACUUUUGAAAACUAAAUACAUAAAUCUGAAGCUCAUUACUGAAAACGUACAUGGGUAAAUGUAUGUGGAUACUCACUUCUACUUAACAUAUUUGGGUAUUUUAGUAGCAAAUCACAAACAGAUGCAUAAACACAGGUAUACAGCCAUGUUAUCUCCUUAGACAAACAUUUUCAGAACUUCACUGGCCUAUGCGGAGCCCAGACCUGAACUAGAUUUAGGGUUUAGGGUUAGGCUUGUAUUCGUCACGCUGUCUUUGGGCACACUUUAUAAUAAUGCCUCCUCCAAAGACAAAACAACUGGAAUAGGACGACACUUAUGAUGCCACACCGGACGGAGACAAUGGCCAAGUGAUUUCUGAAAAUUCCCAUGUACCAGAUUGGCUGAUCCCGGACGAGUCCCCAAAACACAUCCAAGAGAUGUCUGUCUCAGAUGUAACGGCUUUGUGUUUUUUAAUGCUUUAAUGUUACUUUUCAUUGUUCAUAUUUGUGAUUGGAUGUUUAUCAGCCAAUUUUACAUCUUCAUACAUUUAGUAUUCUUUUUGUCUGCGUGACGCAUAACCUUAAUGUGCAUUCAUCUCAAAACAUGUUCCAUUAAACAUCUUACCGGGAAACAAGCACGAGUUAAGUACUUCGCUAAAAUUAUUUGAAAUGUUCUCCAGUCUAAUAUUGGCUAAACAAGGGACACAUUAACACUGUAAACAUUGUAAAGAUGUAACUGAAUUGAAGCUGCUGUAAUUCUCUAUUGAAACAGGUAAAUGUGAGAUUUUUAAGCACUAGCUACUAGUGUUUGUGUUGCACAGACAGAUUUCAGAAAAUGUGAUACCUCUUUGAAAUUAAAUUAUAACAUUUUCAGUUACAAGUGGGACAAUUCUACAACUCAACUCAAAAUAUUCUGUAACUUUACUAGUAAAUAAUGUCCUCGAUGGCUGCAGAAUGUUUAAAGCCUUAUGUUGAUGCAUAUUUGCUAAAACUGUAAAAGAAAAGGUGACUUUUGAAAUAUUAUUUGAAAUGGUUUUAUGUGUUAUGGCACUGUAUGGUAAAAGAUACAUUUUCAUGUUUUGUUUUUUUAUCUGAGAGUUUGUAAAAUGAUUCUGCCCCCUGGUGUUUAUGUAUUAAAACUCCAUUUGUGGUGUUUUACAUGCAGUGUGUGUGAAAUAUGCAUUUGUAAAGUAUAUAAACAAUUAAAAAAAAAAGAGA